CGAGUAAAUUCAAAAGGAUGCAGUUGACCAUGUUUGUGGUGGUUCCACUCGUGCUUUUACUAUCUGGUGUAGCUAUUGAAUCGGCAACUGUUAAACAAAAGAUGCCAUUCGAGGUUAGACUUCCUACAAAAACAGGUGCUAGAAUCCUUCGGAGAGAGUUAGAUCUGGAGAUAUCCAAUCCAAAAGGAAAAAUUAAAGAGGUCAAGGUUCUUCGCAGACGACGACAAACCACAACAGAGGAGCAGGAGUUUUUAGAUGCUCACAAUGAGGCGAGGUUUAAUGUUGUUCCAAAGGCCGCCAACAUGAAGAAAAUUAAAUGGAGUAAUGAAUUGGCACAAGUUGCGCGGAACUAUGCGCAGCAAUGUAACUGGGCCCACAACCCGGCUAGGACCACAGACACCAAGGCACUGACUUCCCAGUUCACCUAUGUGGGCGAAAACCUGUAUGCAACCUCCGUCAGUUCGGUUGAUCCUAAAUCUGCUGUACAGUCCUGGGACAGCGAAAAAUCUUCCUACAAUUACACCAACCAGGCGUGUCUAGGAGUGUGCGGCCAUUACACCCAGGUGGUUUGGGCGAACUCUGAGUACGUUGGAUGUGCAUCGCAUACAUGUCCGACUUUCACCGGAUUGCCAACAAGUUUUAACGGCGGAACCAUAGUGGUUUGCAACUACGGACAAGGCGGCAAUUACAACGGACAGCAGCCGUACAUGACUGGGACACCGUGCACUUCUUGUCCAAGCGGUUACUCGUGUUCGAAUGGCCUAUGCGUCAGUGGAGGGGACAGCAAUGGUUCACAAACCUCGUCCACGACAGAAGAUGGCGAUUGUUUUGAAGGGGAUGGAUCAAACUAUCAAGGACACGCAAGUACAACAGUUUCUGGGAAGACCUGUCUUGUGUGGUCCAGUGUGUACGAUUUUCUGCCCUCAAAUAACUACUGCAGGAACUACUUCUCCGCCUACGGCGUCACUGAACCCGUGUGUUACUAUCAACCCGGCAGUUACUACGUGGAGCCGUGUGGCCUGCCCAAGUGUGCGUACCCACGAUGCGGCACCACCACCCUGGGGGUCAGUCCCGGCUCCUACAGCUCCUCUGAUUUCUCAUCCAGCUCCACUCAUCUAGGCACGUUGUGGAUGAUUGAGGCGGAACAGUUCACAUCGUCUUGUUGUGGUCACAUCAGUAGCUGGACCUUCCGCCCCAAGACGACAGGUGAUAUCAAGUUCGUCGUCUUCCAUCGAUUACCGGACGAUACCUUCCUUGUAACGGGGGUCAGCGAACAUCACGUCAGAACGGAGGACGUGGGAACAACUUUAACCAAAGCAUCAAAUCCAACACUGCAGAUUCAAAAUGGAGAUUUCAUUGGAUGGUAUUUCAGCGGGUACCCUGUUUUUGGACACGGGACAGAUUCCAGCUACAUCAUGGUGAAGUACAUGACCGGGAUAUCGCAGGAAAACAUCAAGAAAGGGAAGACUGUUGACUGGUCCGGCGUCACGGGAGCAGAGUACAACAUCUUGUUUGGUGUCCAGGCGAAUAUUGUGGCAGGGACGACACCCGCCCUCACCUUCCCAGCUUCCGUUACGAUCCUGGACUCCGCCCCCAGCGGAACCAAAGUCCUUGACCUGACCUUCUUCUACCUUGACCAAACCACUCUCAACACAGACCUAUUCAUUGAACAGAAGCUGUACUCCAGCCAAUUCUUUACCCUGGAUACUUCAACUCUUGAAGUAAAAACGGCCACUGAUGACAUACCCGAGGGUACCUAUACCAUGGAGUUUUACAUCAUAAAUGCCUGCAUGCGCCAGUCUUCGCGAACACUGACCAUCACUGUACAGAAUGCGCCUAUUUCCAUUACGAACCUAGACGCCCAGUACAAGGACCUGCUUGAGGACACGGAGACCCAGCAGUCCCUGUACACCAUAGUGACCAGUGACUCCUCAACCACUGACCCCGUGUACUGUGACAUCGCUAACCCCAGCGAGGGCCCAUUCCACUGUAGACAAACCUCGAAUGCCGUCAAAACGUACGACAUAUUUGUGUAUGACUGGCCCCAGCUGAGUUAUUCCACAAAGCAUACAUAUAAUUUACAACUGGAGUGCUCGGACAAUACUAAUACAGCCACCGGGACCUACACAGUCAGCAUCAAGCGGAACGAGAGCCCCCAGUUUCACAAUACGUACUGGCAAGUUACUGUGGAUGCUGAAGAAGCCGGAAUUGGCGACGUCAUAUUUACAGUGUCAACAUCUGACCCAGAAAAUGACGACCUCUGGCUGGCCAUGUCCAGUUCUCCUUCUAACUCUCCGUUCCUCUUGUUAAACAAUGGGUUGUUGGUAGUAAAUAGAAAUCUACUACAUAGCUCUAACAGUGCGUACUCGCUGGCCUUGACGCUGACAGAUGGACACAACACAGUCACUGGCCAGACUAUUGCGGUCACUAUAGUCAACGUCAACAACAAACCCGUGUUAACAAAUGUCAAGUCGCUGACUGUCAUGGAGAACACGCCUCCUUCCACGUCUAUUUAUACAUUUUCGGCCAGUGACCCUGACCCCCAUGAUACUUUGACCUUUGCGGCCUCUUUUAAUCACGGAGAAGGCAGCAGUCUGUUUGAACUGGACAAAACAACUGGCGAGCUUAGGACCAGCUCAUGGUUUACAAUCGACAGAGAGCAGCUACAGGACGACAACAACAGGUACCGCAUGGACCUCUCCGUGACGGACGGGAAGUACUACGACAAGGAGACUCUGUACAUCGACAUCACUAAUGAGAACGAGAGUCCAGUGUUCCUACAGAAAUACUACUCCGUCUCCACCACAGAAGGACCGGCAGGUCAAUCACUGCCUACGCCUCCGUGGAAGUACAGCGACCCGGAUGAAGAUUCUUUGACAUUCCAAUUCGACUGUGGAGCCGACACAGGUCGAUUUUCAUUUGGAUCCUCAACAGGGUCCAUUCAAUUCAAAACUGUGUAUGACUUGGACAUCAGUGGGGUCCCAACGAAUGUCAUGUGUACAGUGUAUAUAUCUGAUGGAAGGCUGAGUGACUCAGCAGAAUUGUCUAUAAAUGUAGAACAUGAAAACGAGGGAGCUCCCACAUUUCCCCAAUCAUCCAUUUCUGUUUAUGUGGAAUGCGUUGCCGAGGCACUGACAGAAGUAACCAAGGUCUCUGCAUAUGAAAGUGACGGAGCCAGUAAUGACCAUGGCUCCAUCUACUACAUACUGGACCAAAGUGGUCUCACAAAAGAUUAUUUUGGCAUUAAAGAAAACGGCGUCAUUUACACAAAAGAUGUUUUGACCUCGAUGUGCACUGGAGAUACUCUUGUCUUCAAUGUCGUCGCUUUGGACCGAGCAGGGAAGAAUUCCACCCUCCAGGUCACGGUGAAUGUUGUUCUGACUACAACAACUAGCACUACCACUACCACUGAGAAAAUGGUGUCCACUUUUACAAAUCCGGAAAACAUGUAUGUGGCCCUCCCCCUAGCGGUGGCCUCUGUGGUGUUUGUUUUGCUCAUGUUUGGAAUGAUAUUCAACUACUUACCAAGUGCGAUCAAGUCUGUACUGACGUCAGUUGCAACUAAAGUUGGGUAA